AAAAAUUAAAAAUAAAUAAAAACUCAAACAAACAUUCAACCUGGCGUCGGUCUGGCUGCGAACUAUUGUGUUUUGUUUUGUCGGUAAUGAUACAGUCUUCUCUUACAUAAGCAAUAUACAUACAAUACAUACGCCUUCUAUACGUAUAUGUGUGUAUAUGUGCGUGCGUUUAAAACGUUGAAGGAGGGGUUGUUUAUGGUGGCGUGGAGGUUACAGAAGACUACUCGUUGCUGUCUGGUGAUUGGUUGAAAGGGCUAACAACAAAAAAACAAGGCCCUUUUUUGUUCUGAGAUAUUUUCUGGGCUUUUUUCAUGCACCAUGAAGUCCAACAAUCCUGUUUCUGUACCAUCAGAUUCUAAAACUAGAUCAUUUAAAUGCAGUCUCCUCAUUACUAUGUGUUUGAUCGCCACUGCUUUCUUCAUUGGCAGUGCGUGGCUGGGGAGAGAUUCUUUAAUGUUAUCUCCUGGGAUUGGAUUUAAUAAUAACGAGCAAUAUACAGAGAAUGUCAUGAAGUGCGAGGUAUCGCCAACACUUAGCAUCGGAGUGGAUAAGGCGGAGGAAGACAAUACACAGCUUGACAAGUGCAAUGACAAGUGCAGGCCUGUUGGCACCGAAUCUUUGCCAAAGGGAAUUGUUUCCAGAACUUCAAACUUGGAAAUGCACCCUUUGUCUGGCCCCAUUCCAGAUGAUAGCAACUCCAAACACAGAAGAGCUCUGUUGGCCAUGGCAGUCGGCUUUAAGCAAAAAAAAUUUGUGAACGAAAUUGUGAAGAAGUUUCUGGUAGAAGAAGUUGAUGUGAUGCUCUUCCACUACGAUGGUGUUGUUGAUAAGUGGCGCGACAUGGAAUGGAGCGACGCAGUCAUUCACGUCUCUGCCACAAACCAAACAAAAUGGUGGUUCGCGAAGCGUUUUCUGCAUCCGGACAUUGUAGGCGAAUACGAUCAUAUCUUCCUGUGGGACGAGGACCUUGGAGUUGAGAAUUUCAACCCGGGAAGGUAUCUAGCUAUUGUCAAGGAGGAAGGGCUCGAGAUAUCGCAGCCUGCUCUGGAGCCCCAUAAGUCGGAGGUGCAUCAUCGCAUAACGAUACUCAACCGGAGAUCAAGGGUGCACAGGAGAUAUUAUAAGAUGAGCAGUGGUGGAUCUGGAAGGUGUGAUGGAAACAGCAGUGCCCCUCCCUGUGUUGGUUGGGUGGAAAUGAUGGCUCCUGUCUUCUCCAGAGCAGCAUGGCGCUGUGCUUGGUAUCUGAUUCAGAAUGAUUUGAUCCAUGCAUGGGGCCUUGAUAAGCAGCUCGGCUAUUGUGCUCAGGGUGAUCGAACUGUUAAAGUUGGCGUGGUUGAUGAGCAGUACAUCAUUCACUGGGGUCUCCCAACCCUCGGUGCCGUUUCAAACAAGACCAACUCGGAACCAGAUUCAAGUCCAAGGAAUGCACCAGAAUUGGCGAAUUCGAAGUCGGACAAACUUAACAACAGAUUAGCGAUCCGUCAAAGGUCGUAUGUUGAAAUGAGGGCCUUUACGGAUAGAUGGAAGAAGGCAGUGGAGGACGACGAAUGUUGGGUCGAUCCAUUUAAACACAAUCUCAAUUAACCAACUAUAUCCCUAUGCAUAUACAAAACAGAAGAAAACACAACAACAACAACACACCAGAUUCUUUUCUUACUGAAGAGCUCCAAGCCUAAUUAAAGCUAUUUUAGUCUUUACCAGGUGCUGCUAUAGAUUCAACACUCUACAAUUGAAAUACCCUCCCCUCUCUCUCAUUUUUCUUCUUUUUUUUCUUUGUAUAUCCUCUAAUGUUUCGAGGCCCAUUUUUUAUUUUUGUUUUAUUCUUUUACGAGCGAAUUGGAAAUAUAUAGUCUAGCUCCUCAUUGUCCCUAGAUUCUCAAUAAUAAUUCUUCAUUUCUCCCCAUAAUAAUUCGAGCCCCCAAUGGAUUGGACGAAAAACAUCUUAUCAAUUAAGUUGUGCUUCGUUA